CGGCACUAGACAUCAAUCCCCAUCUGCCUAGGUCUAGUGUUUGCUCUAGCCUAGGCCCUAGGGGUUAACCAUCCACUCCGGCCGAGGUUUGCAUUAGGCCGAGAAAGGAAAUCAGUCGUGUGCGGACCAGAAGCUGCUACGAGCUGCCUACCAUCUGCCUCGCUGGUGAAUAUUCACCUAUAAUACCGUUCUUUCUCUGGUUAUUGGUUGAUUCUUUCGUGGUUCUACUGGCCAUUACCAUGCCCAAACUAGACUUAUUAUGUUGUUGAGAAGGUGCUCGAGGAAAACCAUGGGAGACAAGAGGCUAAGCAACAACCCAGGGGCGAUUUAUCCACUCGCUUAAUUCAUGGCCGACACGGCCGUAGUCUAAUAUGCAGCUGAUAUCCCCAUUCGUCGUUAGUCGGAGUCUAGUCAUGUUUCGCCCCUUCGUUUAAAAUAAGCAAGACAUCCCUGCUGAUUGUCCUGAAUCUAUAAAGACCGACUAUCACGCCUCGUGUGAGUUUAGCUUACCACUCUUAUUUCUUCUUACUUGCACGAGAGAACCGACAAUCGCCAUGGACAGCCAUGACCUCUUUCUCCAUGCUGCUGCUACCGGUGACGUAGCAUCCAUGGAACAGGAAUACCUGAAAAACAAGACAGUCCUCUCUAGCAAAGACUCCGCUAACCGGACGGCUCUCCACUUGGCUGCCCUUAACGGUCACUCGAAAGCUGUUGAACGGUUGCUGGACUAUGGCAUUGCUUGGUGUUCCAAGGAUAAUAAGGGCCAGACAGCAUUGCAUCUGGCCGCCCAGCUAUCGUCUGCAGCAAUAGCCAAAACCCUCCUUGAGAGAGGCGCGAAUUGCUGCACCCAAGACCAUGACGGGAAAACACCGAUAUUUUACGCCUACCAAAACUAUUCCCCCGAUGUCGUGAGUUGUUUUCUAAAAUAUGUCGAAUCAUCAUGCGGAACGGACAAGAAUUGCAGCCUUACGCCACAGAUCAUUCUCCGAGGCGGCUGCCGGAAAUGGACUCCUCUCCACGCUUAGUGAGGCUGCACGGUCCUUGAAUAGAGUGCGCCGGUCUGUACGGCGCAAGGCUUGAAAAUUCUCUCUCCCUUCGCCACCCAAAUCCCAUUUCUGGAGAAAUUGCGUGUCCGAUCUCGUUUAUUCCGAGUAUAUCCACCACGCGCCUUCAUCCCAUCUCGGAAAGUCAACCCCGAAUGGCGCUGGGGAAUGUUCUCUUUUAUUCGACAAUCGAGUAAGAUGCCGUACGCGCUGGAUUACAAGAUCCUCUUCGAACAAUGACUGCACCAUCAUAAUAUCGGAUCGACACAGCGAAGGGAAGACCUCCCCCCACUGUCAGCCGCAGGCCAGCCCUGCGACAGCCCUGCCUCCCGACGAGAAUUCCGAUCCGCCGUUUUCCGCGCGUCUCCCAGGCGUCGCCCGAGGCGUGGGAUGGUGACGGUGACGGUGGGUGUGGAUCGAGGGUGGUAUACGGAUUCUUAAUGCACAGCCAAUGGGAACCCUCACCCUGAAAGCGUGGACGGCUAUGGUGGGGCAUUCCAACUGCAACAAUAUACUAGCCAAUACCUGUACUUUAGCCUAUGGAUUAUCUCCU